UCGUGGUGUUGUGCCUGUGCUGUGCUGUGCUCUGUGCUGAAGAAGGAAAAAAGCGAAAAUCGAUGAUUUCGUUGCUCGCGUCGUCGUCGUCUUCGAGUUGAAAUCUCUGUACUGUAUCGCACACUCUGUGGGUAACAACCAUCAUCACCACACACGGGGAACACGUCGUCGUCGUCGCGGUGUCAUUCAUUCCGUUUGUCCGUUCUUGCUGAUAGUUUAGAUAUUUGCAGGGUUCCAGUGACGCGAUCCGGAUUGUUAUCGGCUGUCGGUCAUUGGGAAUUCGGGUCCGCGAAGUGGUGUUUUCAAGUGCGAAAUCGAAAAUUUACGCUGAAAAACCGAUUGAAUUCGGGUGAAAUCUAAUUGGAAAAUUUUGUGGUGGCUGCUGCCUUGGCAGCAGCAGCAGCAGCAGUGGAGAAUGAAUGAGUGUGUGUGAGUGUGAAAAAAUGUGAAUCAUUUUCGCACUGGAGAAGAAGCUCGAAGAAGAAGGUGCUCCCGUUCGGUCGCUAAUGAAGUUUUUCCGUGGGGCUCCGUGGAUGUACGGCGGUCCGUUCCGUGCCGUUCGCUAAUCGUCGUGGGUCACAAUAGAGCAGAAAUUGGUUGGAAAAUUAACUUCUGUUUUCUUAAAGUGCUUUGUCGGAACGAUUCUGUGAGUGUGUUACAAAAUGACGGCUAAAUUGCUGCGCUGAUUUUUUUUUUCGCUCUGUUCCGGGCUGUUCCGGAGGAAGUGGAGUUAAGUGAAAAGAUCCUGUUUCUGUGCGAUCCGGGGAAAGAUGGGUAUGUGAAAAAAUAGCUCAGCACGGAACGAAACACGGUAGGCAGUAGGGUGUUUACUACGGCUGUCAAACUCAGCUCCCGGUGAGGAAGGAGCCAUCCGACGACGACGAAGUCGACGUCGUGGGGCAAUCGGAAGCGCUCCCUACCGGAUAGGGAAAACAUACGUGGAGCAUUUUUGUGUGGAGUUUCCGUUUGUGGCCUAAGCGAAAAUCGUAGUGAUAUAUAGAAAAGAGUGUCCCAGGGAGGAAGUCCAGCAGAAUGGCGGACAUUACGAGGCCGCCCUUUUGCGACAUCAAACGACCGGAGGAAGUGGUCAAAAUGACGAUGACGGACAAUCUGAAGUUUGCGGUUCUGAUCGGGCUCAUCGAGGUCGGCCAGGUUUCGAACCGGGAGGUGGUCAACACCGUACUGCAUCUGCUCGUCGGCGGUGAGUUCGACAUGGAGCUGAACUUCGUCGUUCAGGACGCGCAGAAUGUGAAACACAUGCUCGAACUGCUGGAUCACUGUCCGGCGAACCUGCAGGCCGAGGUGUGGAGUGUCUUCAUCGCGAUCCUGAAGAAAAGUGUCCGCAACCUGCAGGCAUGCACCGAGAUAGGUCUGAUCGAGCACGUGCUGGCGCGGUUGGCCCGGGCGGAAUCCAUCGUCGCCGAUCUGCUGAUCGAGAUGCUCGGAGUGCUAGCGAGCUACAGUAUCACGGUGAAGGAGCUGAAGCUGCUGUUCGGUGCCAUGAAAGCCAUCAACGGCAAGUGGCCGCGGCAUUCGGCGAAAUUGCUCAACGUGCUGAAGCAGAUGCCGCACCGGAACGGGCCGGAUGUGUUCUUCAGCUUUCCGGGACGGAAAGGAUCGGCAAUCGUGCUUCCGCCACUGGCAAAGUGGCCCUAUGAAAAUGGCUUCACAUUCACCACCUGGUUCCGGCUGGAUCCGAUCAAUUCGGUUAAUAUCGAGCGGGAAAAGCCAUACCUUUAUUGCUUCAAAACGUCCAAAGGUGUCGGCUAUACGGCUCACUUCGUCGGCAACUGUCUGGUGCUAACCUCGAUGAAGGUGAAGGGCAAGGGUUUCCAGCACUGCGUCAAGUACGAGUUCCAGCCGCGCAAAUGGUACAUGAUCGCGAUCGUGUACAUCUACAACCGGUGGACCAAGAGUGAGAUCAAGUGCCUGGUCAACGGUCAGCUCGCCUCCAGCACCGAGAUGGCCUGGUUCGUGUCGACGAAUGAUCCUUUCGACAAGUGCUACAUUGGUGCCACACCGGAGCUGGACGAGGAACGUGUAUUCUGCGGCCAAAUGGCCGCCAUCUAUCUGUUCAGCGAAGCGCUAACGACGCAGCAGAUCUGCGCGAUGCAUCGGCUAGGGCCCGGCUACAAGUCCCAGUUUCGGUUCGACAACGAGUGCUACCUAAAUCUGCCGGACAACCACAAGCGGGUGAGUCACGACUCUUCGUUGAUGUCCUCGUCGGCGAUGGGCGCCGCGGCAUCGUCCCUCUCGCCGACACCGCCGGCUCCGAUCGAAUCCAACAUCCAUCGGAAUCUGGCCGCCAAUGCUGCUGCUGCCGCCGCCACCGCCGCCUCCGCCGCUAGUUCUAGUUCCGCUAGUUCCUCCUCGCUGACGUCCAGCGUUAGCAGCGUCGUCGCGGCCAGUGUUGCCGGCAGCGUGGCCGCGGCUGCCACCGGCGGCGACGCCGCAGCGCUAGAUGCCUUAGGCGAACCGUUUGAUUUUGCAUCUGUCUUGUACGACGGUAAACUUUCCGGUGCAAUCGUGUUCAUGUACAAUCCGGUUGCAACCGAUGGCCAACUGUGUCUACAAUCAGCCCCGAAGGGCAAUCCAUCCUUCUUUGUGCAUACGCCACAUUCGCUCAUGCUUCAGGACGUCAAAGCGGUGGUCACUCACUCGAUUCACUGCACGCUCAACUCGAUCGGCGGCAUUCAGGUACUAUUUCCGCUGUUCUCCCAGCUGGAUAUGCCGUACGAGGGUACCGACGUCAAGAAAGAUCCUACUCUAUGCGCCAAACUACUCGGAUUCAUCUGUGAACUGGUGGAAAGUUCACAAACUGUCCAACAGCACAUGAUUCAAAAUCGUGGCUUCCUGGUGAUCUCGUUCAUGUUGCAGCGCUCCUCGCGCGAUCAUCUAACCUCGGAAGUGCUCGGCUCGUUUCUGAGCCUCACCAAGUAUCUGGUGACCUGUCUGUCGGCCAACUCGGACUUGCUGCUGAAACAGCUGCUGGACCACGUGCUGUUCAACCCGUCGCUGUGGAUCUACACUCCGGCCACGGUACAGGCCCGGCUGUACGCCUACCUGGCGACGGAGUUCCUCAGCGACACCCAGAUCUACAGCAACGUCCGGCGGGUUAGCACCGUCCUGCAGACGGUUCAUACGCUCAAGUUCUACUACUGGGUCGUUAACCCACGGGCCAAGUCGGGUAUCACGCCGAAAGGGCUGGAUGGACCCCGACCGGCUCAGAAAGAUAUCCUAGCGAUCAGAGCCUACAUACUACUCUUUCUGAAACAGCUAAUUACGAUCGGUAACGGAGUGAAGGAUGACGAACUUCAGAGCAUCCUGAACUACCUGAUGACGAUGCACGAGGACGAGAAUCUGCACGACGUGCUGCAGAUGCUGAUUUCCCUAAUGUCCGAACAUCCGAGCUCGAUGGUACCGGCGUUCGACGUGAAGCACGGCGUUCGCACCAUCUUCAAGCUCCUGGCCGCCGAGAGCCAGCUAAUUCGGCUACAAGCCCUGAAGUUGCUCGGUUUCUUCCUGUCUCGCAGCACCCACAAACGAAAAUACGACGUCAUGUCGCCCCACAAUCUGUACACGCUCCUAGCGGAGCGGUUGCUUCUGUACGAGGAAUCCCUCUCGCUGCCAACGUACAACGUCCUGUACGAAAUUAUGACCGAACACAUCUCGCAGCAAAUUCUGUACGCCAAACAUCCGGAACCGGAGAGUCACUACCGGUUGGAGAAUCCCAUGAUACUGAAGGUGGUCGCCACACUGAUCCGCCAGUCGAAGCAAAGCGAUCAGCUGCUGGAGGUGAAGAAACUCUUCCUAUCGGAUAUGACCCUGCUGUGCAAUAACAAUCGCGAAAAUCGGCGCACGGUGCUGCAGAUGAGCGUCUGGCAGGAGUGGUUGAUUGCGAUGGCCUACAUUCAUCCGAAGAACUCCGAAGAGCAAAAGCUGUCGGAUAUGGUGUACUCGCUGUUCCGGAUGCUGUUGCAUCAUGCCAUCAAGUACGAGUACGGCGGCUGGCGGGUGUGGGUUGAUACGCUGGCGAUCGUGCACUCGAAGGUUUCCUACGAAGAGUUCAAGCUGCAGUUUGCGCAGAUGUAUGAGCAUUACGAGAAGCAUCGGACGGACAACAUUACGGAUCCGGCGCUGAGACAGCAGCGGCCGAUUAGUACGAUUAGUGGUUGGGAGCGGGGAGCUGGCGGUAGUGGAGGAGCCGGUGGUGGGGAGAGCGGGAAUGAUGAGCGGGAAAGGCAGGAGAAGCAAGAGCUGGCGGCUAUUGAAGGACCGACGAAGAAGUGUGUUUGCGAGCCGGAGGAAGCGAUUGUUGAGGACGAUAAGGCAAAGCUUCGUGGGGUGAUAGAAAAUGGUCACGAAGGGGUUGAGGAAGAGGAGGAAGAGUUCGAUGAAGAAGAGGAAGAGGAGGAGCUGGAGGAAGAGCAAGGUGAGGAGGAGUUAGAGGAAGAGGAGGAAGAGUUGUCGCAGAGUGAGUUGAAGAGGGCUUUGGAGAUCGGAUCGCUGAAGGAGAGUCAGAAUGUUCCCGAGCAGGUGGUGGAAGGAAUCGUGGAGGAGAUUAUAAGCAAGUCCGAGAGUUUGCUGAAGCAAACCGAAGAGGAGUUGCAGGAUUCCAGUGCGGAGCAGGCGACGUCGUCGCCGGUGAUUAAAGACGAGGAAAUCGAGCUGGCGGUUAAUGAAGUGGUGAAGGGUGUGCUAUCGUUGAAAACAUCUGGCAGUGCAACGGCCGGAAGCACUGGGGAAGAUGAUGCGUUGAACAACAACAAUAGUAGCAGCAACAGUACGGACAGUGUUACGCAGAAGACUGAUAGUGUAGCAUCAAGUGCAAUAACUAGUGGUAAUAGCAACAAUUUAAACAAUAAUAAUCUAAGUAGCAAUAGCGAAGUUUGCCAAGAUGAAGAACAAAGUAAAGAGCAGGUGCAGGAGAUGAUUUCGGAGAUCGUGAAUGAACUGGUCGAAAACAGUUUGAAGGAGGGUGACGUUAGUUUGGUUCCGGAAAGUGCUGAACAAACCGAAAUCGAAGCUCAGGUUAAGGAAGUUGUCGAAUCCAUUAUCACCGAAGCGGUCGUGCGAGCAGAGCAGGUCUGUACCCCAGAACCGGCCGACGAACCGGAACAGAUGAGCACGGAGUCCAGUCCGGAGAAGGAACUCUCCAUUGUAAAGCUAGACACCGUCUCAGCGGAGAUCGCUCGCAACGAGUCCUCCAUCGAACGCAAACUAGAACUGGAAGAAGACGAAGAGCGUGAGGUCGACGAAGAAGACGACGAUGACGACGAUGAGAGUGAAGUUCCGGACACUCCAGCGACGGUAGCCAGUCUGAACAAAAGCGAAACGGUUAGCAGCACCACAGCAAGUCAGGUCACCAUUCUCCCAACAACCGCCAAGAAAACGGCAGUCAAUGCCUCAACUAGCACCACGACCGAUUCGCCGCCGGUGCACUUCGUCGAGCCGUCCGGAGCCGGGGCUUCGAAAGCGCAACGCUCCAAGUCGGCCUCAACCCGUCCAAUGUUCUCACCCGGACCGACGCGGCCCCCCUUCCGGAUACCGGAGUUCAAGUGGUCCUACAUCCACCAGCGGCUGCUGUCGGAUGUGCUGUUCUCGCUGGAAACGGACAUCCAGGUGUGGCGGUCGCACUCCACCAAGAGUGUUCUGGAUUUUGUCAACUCUGCCGAAAAUGCAAUCUUCGUGGUGAACACCGUUCACCUAAUCUCGCAGCUAGCCGACAAUCUGAUCAUCGCUUGUGGCGGCUUGCUGCCGCUGCUUGCCAGUGCCACGUCUCCCAAUUCCGAGCUUGACGUUCUGGAGCCUACCCAGGGCAUGCCGCUGGACGUGGCCGUUUCCUUCCUGCAGCGUUUGGUCAACAUGGCCGACGUGUUGAUCUUCGCCAGUUCCCUGAACUUCGGCGAAUUGGAAGCAGAAAAGAAUAUGUCCAGUGGUGGCAUUCUGCGCCAAUGUCUACGGUUGGUUUGCACCUGUGCGGUGCGUAACUGUCUGGAGUGCAAGGAACGCACCCGUGGGCUGUACAAUGGCAUGUCGCUCAAGGACAUCCCUGGCGGUGCUCAUCUGCAGGCCCUCAUUCGGGGUGCGCAGACAACGUCGAAGACAAUCAUCGAGUCGCUGUCCGGACCGAUGAGCCCGGUCAAGGAUCCGGAGAAGCUGCUGCAGGACAUGGACAUCAACCGGCUGCGGGCGGUCAUCUAUCGGGAUGUGAAACGUCUGUUCCAGGAGGAAACCAAACAGGCCCAAUUCCUCUCGCUGGCCAUCGUGUACUUCAUCUCGGUGCUGAUGGUAUCGAAAUACCGGGACAUCCUGGAACCGCCGCCGGAGCUCCAGAUCCACCGGAACUCGUCGCCGGUGAUGCAACGCAGCACCCCCACCCAAGGAAACCGAUCGCUACAGGACGGUGACUACGAGGUGAUCGUGGUGGACGAGAACAACUCCUCCGUUAUUGCCGAUAACGAUUCGCACUCGAGCGGACCGCUCUCGAUCAAGGCAUCAACCUCGAUUUACGGGUCGUCAACCGCCCCCGGAAGCCCAAAUACAACCACCACUAACACUAGGUAUCCGGCUGCAACUACCACUAUCACUACCACUAGCAUAAGUACGAUCCAAGAUCAACCUCUCUCGCCGAAGAUCGAUCGACGGUCGUCGACGCAAGACCGGCCAGCUGCCGCCGUCAAGCAGACGAAGAGCGUCGACUCGGAUGCCGCCUCGCUGAACCUCAACUCGACGGAGAACGACGCCCCGGAGGUGGAAACGUCGAGCGAGAUCAUGGCCGACGACAACAAGCCGACCAACUCGAACGACGAAAGCUGGACCGACGUAAAUCUGAACGACGAUGGACCACCGGACGGCGGUACCAUCGUACCGAGCAGCAAAUCCCUGAUGCGAGGUGUGGCCGUUACGGACUCGGCGUCUUCGGCGGUCGUCGUCGGAGCAGGAGGACAAUUGCCCGAGGCGAUCGGUUCCGGGCCCGGCGGUGAUCAUGGCGGCGGUGGAAAGCUCGAAACCGAUAUUUCGGUCGUUCGCGUUCCGGACAACUAUCAGUCGUCUUCGACGGUGGCCCGUGGCCGUCCGGAAGAUUUGAACCUCAAGGCACCCUUCGUUGGGCAGAUUCCGAUGGCGAUUUCAUCGCGAGAGGCAAGCUUAACGCAGAAGUUGGAGAUCGCACUGGGACCGGUUUGUCCUUUGUUGCGUGAAAUUAUGGUUGACUUUGCUCCGUUCCUUUCGAAGACGUUGGUCGGUUCGCACGGGCAGGAGCUGCUGAUGGAGGGGAAAGGUUUGACUACGUUUAAAAAUAGUCAUUCGGUCGUGGAGUUGGUGAUGCUGCUGUGCUCGCAGGAGUGGCAGAAUAGUCUGCAGAAGCACGCCGGGUUGGCGUUCAUUGAACUGAUCAACGAGGGUCGACUGCUGUCGCACGCCAUGAAGGAUCACAUCGUGCGGGUUGCCAACGAGGCGGAGUUCAUUCUGAACCGAAUGCGAGCUGAUGAUGUGCUCAAGCAUGCCGACUUCGAGUCGCAGUGUGCGCAAACGUUGCUUGAGCGACGCGAGGAGGAACGGAUGUGCGAUCAUCUGAUCACGGCAGCCAGGAGGCGGGAUAAUGUUAUCGCUAGUCGGUUGCUGGAGAAGGUUAGGAAUAUAAUGGGUAAUCGGCAUGGUGCGUGGGGUGACAGCAGUACGGGGUAUCAGAAGCAUAUUUUCUGGAAGCUGGAUGCUUGGGAGGAUGAUGCGAGACGUAGAAAACGAAUGGUGCAGAAUCCACGGGGUUCCAGCCAUCCGCAGGCUACGCUCAAAGCUUCGCUGGAGAAUGGUGGAAACGAGGAAGCUCGCGAGGCUGCACGGGAUGAAAUCUACUCGCAAAUUGCCGUUCCACGUUCGCAGCAGCCCGAUUUGCUCGAUGACUCUGAGUUGUUGAUCGAAGAUCGCGAGCUCGAUCUGGACCUUACUGGGCCGGUCAACAUCAGCACCAAGGCAAAACUGAUCGCCCCGGGGCUGGUUGCUCCGGGAACAAUGUCAAUUACUUCCACCGAGAUGUACUUCGAAGUGGACGAGGAAAGUGCCGAAUUCCAGGGCAUCGAUCAGGAAGUUCUGAAGUACUGCGAUCACCUGCACGGAAAGUGGUACUUCUCCGAGAUCAGAGCCAUUUUCUCUCGUCGCUAUCUGCUGCAGAAUGUUGCGCUGGAGAUUUUCCUCGCUAGCCGAACCUCGAUCUUGUUUGCCUUCCCGGAUCAGCACACCGUUAAGAAGGUGAUCAAAGCACUACCUCGCGUUGGUGUUGGUAUUAAGUACGGAAUUCCGCAAACUCGUCGAGCGUCCAUGAUGUCCCCGCGGCAGUUGAUGCGUAACUCCAACAUGACGCAGAAGUGGCAACGGCGGGAAAUUUCCAACUUUGAGUACCUUAUGUUCCUGAACACGAUCGCCGGACGGACGUACAACGAUCUGAACCAAUAUCCGGUGUUCCCUUGGGUUCUCACAAACUACGAAUCGCGCGAGUUGGACCUCAGUCAGCCGUCCAACUAUCGUGAUCUGUCGAAACCGAUCGGUGCGUUGAAUCCCUCUCGACGGGAGUACUUCGAAGAACGCUAUGAAAGUUGGGACACCCCCGGCAUUCCCCCGUUCCACUACGGAACUCACUAUUCCACAUCGGCAUUCGUACUUAACUGGCUGAUCCGCAUCGAGCCUUUCACGGCAAUGUUCCUAGCGCUGCAAGGCGGUAAGUUCGAUCACGCAGAUCGACUGUUCUCGUCAAUCUCCCUCUCCUGGAAGAACUGCCAACGUGACACGUCCGACGUUAAGGAACUGAUCCCAGAAUGGUACUUCCUACCGGAGAUGUUCUACAAUUCCUCCGACUACCGCCUGGGACAGCGCGAGGACGGUAAAACCGUCGGAGACGUCGAGCUUCCCCCAUGGGCCAAAACUCCGGAGGAGUUCGUCCGCAUCAACCGCAUGGCUUUGGAGUCGGAAUUCGUAUCCUGCCAGCUCCACCAGUGGAUCGACCUCAUCUUCGGCUACAAACAGCGCGGUCCGGAAGCGAUGCGUGCCACCAACGUGUUCUACUAUCUAACCUACGAGGGUAGCGUCGAUUUGGAUACGAUCACCGACGCGGUCACGCGUGAAGCGAUCGAAAACCAAAUCAAAAACUUCGGCCAAACACCAAGCCUGCUGCUGAUGGAACCCCACCCGCCGCGGAGUUCCGCCAUGCACCUGUCGCCGAUGAUGUUCAACACCAUGCCGGACGACGUCUGCAUGUCGCUCAAGUUCCAUCUCAACUCACCGAUCAUACACAUCUCGGCCAAUACGUAUCCGCAGCUGCCGCUGCCCUCGGUGGUAACCGUCACCGCCGGGCAUCAGUUCGCGGUGAACCGCUGGAACUGCCAGUACACGGCCAGCAUUCAGAGUCCAAGCUACGCCGAAUCGUCGCAGAACGUCAACGCAAAUCUACCGCUAACGAUGGACCCACUACUAUCUCAAAUCAAUGGCCACAACAGCAACAGCCAGCAGCAGAACCGGCGCCAUCUCGGGGACAACUUCAGCCAGAAGCUGCGCAUCAAGUCGAACUGCUACGUAACGACGGUCGACAGCCGGUUUCUGAUUGCGUGCGGUUUCUGGGACAACAGCUUCCGGGUGUUCUCGACCGAGACGGCCAAGAUCGUGCAGAUCAUCUUCGGCCACUUCGACGUGGUAACGUGCCUGUCCCGGUCGGAGUGCAACAUCACGUCCGACUGCUACAUUGCGUCCGGUUCGGCCGACUGUACCAUCCUGCUGUGGCACUGGAACGCACGCACGCAGAGCAUCGUCGGCGAGGGAGAGAUUCCGACACCCCGAGCGACGCUAACGGGACACGAAACGUCCGUUACUUCGGUUGUGAUAAGCGCCGAGCUGGGCUUGGUGGUUUCCGGAUCGAUCAAUGGUCCCGUGCUGGUGCAUACCACUUUUGGGGAUCUGUUGCGCUCGCUGGAAGCGCCGAAAGAUUUCAUCUCGCCGGAGAAUAUAACUCUUUCUCGGGAGGGUUUCAUUGUUGUGAACUACGAUGAUGGUAAUGUGGCUGCCUAUACCAUCAACGGCAAGUUGUUGCGGCAUGAGUCGCACAACGAUAACCUACAGUGCAUGUUGCUGUCCCGCGAUGGCGAAUAUCUGAUGACGGCCGGUAACAAAGGAAUCGUCGAGGUUUGGCGAACCUUCAAUCUUGCUCCGCUAUACGCGUUCCCAGCCUGCAACAGCGGAAUCCGUUCGUUGGCGUUGACGCACGAUCAAAAAUAUCUUCUGGCGGGAUUGGCCACCGGUUCGAUCAUCGUGUUUCACAUCGACUUCAACCGUUGGCACCACGAGUACCAGCAGCGCUACUGAAACUCGUCCCUCCGGUACGUCUCGAUGACUAGUGCAGGCGAAGCGGAACUGCAAUACCGACGACAGUCGUCGUCAUCACAGUCGCCACACUUAUCCAGUUAUCAGCAUCAUUAUCCCGCUGCCGGUAGUGGCGGCGGUAAUGGCACUACCACUACUACAACCACCAGCAGUAGCAGUGCCAGCAGCAGUAACGAUGUGGUAGUGUACUGAGUCCAGUACGGUGUUGGUGAGUAAUGGAUGAUGUGGCCGCAAUUUGCUGUGUAUUUAGAUAGUUAGUGGGUUUUAAUCAAUCAGCCAGCAGGAAGGUUGCCAAAAUCUCGUUACUGCAGACUAUUUGGACAUAUGCGAUGUGGGGGGAUUAAUUGUUACUUAUUAUGUAUGGAAAGUUACGCUUGACGUUGCGUAAAAUUACUGUAGAAAAAAAGCUUUUAACGGUUCAAAAUGGCGGUAUGCUACUAAGCUUUCUUGCAUUGCAUUGUGAGAAUAAAAUAUUAAAAAAAGAGAAAACAAUUCAGCUGGCUAAGCAGCUUGCUUUUGAGAGUAACUACAGUAAGAGAGAAAAAUAAAAUCAUUAAAAUUAUUAGUAUUUAAGACAGAAUCUACUUUAACGCUAGCGGGCGGAGUGAUUGUUCGCACAUACACACACAGAUAGCACUAAUCAUUCACGCAUCCACACAAUCACACGCAUAUUAAUCUACACAGGUUACGAGAAAAACAGCAGAAGAAAAUAUGCCAAAUGCAAAACGUUCUAUCUGAACAUUCUUUUUACGCAUUUACAGUUUUGCGCAGCAAAAAAAAAACAGCAAACAAAAAUUAUAGAAAAUAAUCCACCAAAAUUUUACGGGAGAAAACAAAAACGCGGAUGCAGCAGCGGAAUAAAAUGGGAAAGUUAGACGUAGCGAAGAAGAAGAGAUGCCAAAUGUAAAGUUUUAAAACUGAUCUAAAAACAAAAUACAAAACAAAAAAAAUAAUUCACUGCAGAAUAGAAACAGAAGAAGAUAAGAGUGUUUUAAGCUUACUCAUACAAACCAAACAAAAAAAAACUUCAAAACAGCUAACUUUAACAGAAAAGAAAGGGAAUAUGUGAGUUCGUAUCGUCACUUCUGAGGUUAUCCGUCCGCAAAUAUUUACAUUUAAUCUUAACAAAUUAAACGCUAAACAAACAAAAAACCAUUGAACAAAUCAACCAAAUCAACAAGCACCUUACCACAGCACUUUUUUAAAGUCACUCCCACAGAAAUAAAAAAACUAAAAAAAACAGAAAAUAUUCCGUUACUCAGCAUUAGCAUACCGUAGAGCAGAUUAAACACACAAAAAACAGCAGCUAAAUCGAGCGGAAGCAACCUUACCUAGUAUACAAAAUGUAGUUGAAAAACAGUAAACUAUUCACGUGCCAAGCAUUUUUCGACAUUAAGCCCAAAUUGAUAAAAGACAACCGAAUCGAACACACACACUGUCAAACACACGUCUUAGCCAAAAAACCCUGUUGUUUUCUAGUUUGUUUUUUCCAGUAGUGGAAAAAAAGCAGCAACAAUGCUUCUCCGUCCAAAUGUUUUUUUUUUAUUUCGAUUUUCCUUAAAUAUCUGCAAAUCUGGCAACGCCUCUGAUUAUUAGUAGAACACACUCAUACCAUCACUUUAUUACACGCUCAAAGUGUUCUACCCAACAAGCGAAAGUGAAAAUGAAAAAAAAAACUUGCAGUUUGUGUGCUAUAAGUUACGUGAUCUCUGAUUGAGCUAAAAUCUGAACGAACGAACGACUGCGUCAAGUAUUCGGUUCAAGUCGGUCCCUUCCUACCUGCAACCCAAAAAAAAAUUAAGGUACGAGGAGGAAAAGGACCACCCCGGCCGGCCGGCACCACCACCAAGUAAGUGUAUGCGUAAUGUUUUUUAAAAGAAAAGAUUUCGUCCAUUCUUUGCUGUGUUAAUUCGAUACAUUCCUGCCCUUUUCCGUGGUGAAAACGGAACAAAACAAAAAAAAAACACUGGGAAAAAAACGUCUGCUCAUUGCUAACUCCUCCCCCCACUCCCACGGUCUCUUGUCCAGAGACUGUAAAAAAUUUUCUUAAGCCAUUCCGUUGUUGUUAUGAGCAAGAAAAAAAAAGAAAAGUGAGAAAAAUUCAAGCAAACAAGUACUUAAUUUUUUUUCUGUUUUUGGUCACUAAUAGUCCUAUUACUAGUUUUAGUCGUUAGUCAUUUCCUAGCCUAUAAGUCGGUGUUGGUGUAAAUUUAGCGUGAGUGAAAUUAGAUUAAAUGAAACAAAAAGAAAAAAAGGGAAGUCAAACUCGUAACCCCAUUUUUUGCUGUGGCGCGCACUUAGCUAGUUUUUAUUGAAUACACGAACGGAGUUUGGCGGAAUGCCGCCAAACUCGAACGCGCUUCUUGUGAAUUAUUUUGUGCACUUUUACCUUUUACACUAAGAAAAAAAAGACGCCCUGGCAAACAACGUGAUGAGUCGAUUGAAAUCUAGUGGCACCUAGAGACACACUAUAGUAGGUAAUAUUUUAACAAUAGAAGCAGAUAAAAAAACAAUACUGAAAGUUACAUGAAUAAGACUCAACGCACUUCCCCCCUCUCAAACAAACAAUACGAUUCACAGCAUCAAUAGAAAUAACUUCUAAAUCGGGCUGAAUCGCGCGUUUAGCUGUGUAUUUUAAACAAAAAAGAAGCCAAUCUACCGCAAGAAAAAAAAAACGUUGCAACAGAAUGUAAAUUAGAGCAAAAUAACGCUUAAUUAAUAGAAGAAGAAAAACAAAGCUGCAGAAACAAAAAUAUAAUAACGAUAAUCCCGCGAUGUUCACACCAGACAAAAAAAAACUGUAACUUUUUUAUAGUAAGGCGAUAACGAUUUAAAUGAUGCAUCCAAAAGUGUUGAUGCCGUAAUCACAUUUUGAGCCAGCUCACAGUGACAAACAAAAGCAGACAGACGGACGCACGGAUACACACACACACACAAGCAAACCAGACACAGAGUUUGGAGGCGACGCCUCGUUCGCCUCGUUUUCCGUGGGUGGGCUGAUGAACACACUAAACAAGCUGCAGGGUUGGACUACAAUUAUUAUUAUUAUUAUUAUUAUCGAUUACUAUUGCUACUGCUACUACAACUACAACUACUAACACACAGACAGCGUAAAAUUUAAGGGCUGUUAAGGGACAGAAAAAAUAUUUUGUGAAACCAUUAUUACAGCUGCUGCUAACUAGGAAACACACACAGUAUCAAUCACAGUCAGCAGUCGAUUCAAGACGCCCAGUUUAAAACACUGAAAGAAAAGGUAGAGGAGAAAAGAAACGAAAAAAAGCGGCUCGCGGACGCGGUAAUUAAAAUAUUGAUAAAAAUUAUGAACCUAAUUAUGAUGGAUGGUGGUACUUAAAGCUAGCAGCCCCGGGGAAACUCUGGAAGCCCCGCGCCGCAGACUUCGAGGGGUUGCAUUUACUUAAGAUUUAACUAUAAAUGAACGGUUAGAGAAAACACAAAACACACACAGUAAAACCUUACACAAAAACACACACACACACAGAUACACAUCCACACACACGUACAUGAAAGCUAGGGGAAGAGAGCUAAGAAACAGAAUUAACAGAAAGCAAAUCAAAGAAGCAUUGUUAUUAAGCCCAAUUUAUUGUACAAUAAAUUAAUUG